CAGCAGCAGCAGCAGCGGUUGGCGCUGACGCUGCUGCCGGAGAGGGGACUGCCGAGGCAGGAGACGAGCAGCAAGACCAGGAGCAGCAACAGCAGCAGCAGCAGCAGCAGCAGGAAAGCUGGGCAUGCGCAGCAUCUCAAAUAGUGCCCUAUGGACAGCAGCAGGACCUCCAGGGGGCCCCCUACGCGGAGGGGGGCCCCCCGUAUGCAUGCGUGGGGGGCCCCCAGUACCCUUGUUCAUUUUCUUCUUCUAGUACUUCUUACGUGGUAUCAAAAGAAGAGGAGGCCUAUCAGCAGCAGCAGCAGCAGCAGCAGACUGUGUCGUACGCUGUGGCGCUGCCGCAGCAAUACUUAGGGGAGCAGCAGCAAGAUGCCACAUACCCUGCAGCACUGGGGGGCCCCCUGGGGGCCCCCGGGGGCUGCCCCUGUUUGGGGUCUCAGGGGUUUUGGGGCCGCGAGUACGUGGGCGUGCAGCAGCAGCAGCAGCUGGAGCAGCAGCAGCAGCAGCAGCUGCUGCAGCUGCAGCAGCAGCAGCAGCUAAUGAUGAUGAUGAUGUACUGCCCCUUCUUCUGCCCCUACAGUGGCACCACCUGGGACUGUCUCCUCUCCCCAAAUUGCAUGCCCCAGCCCCAGGGGCCCCCCGGGGGGGCCCCUGGGGGAUCCCCUGGGGGGCCCCCUGGGGGGGCCCCCGCAGGGGCCUCCUCCAUCCCAGAGGAGGGGCCCCCGGGGGCCCCCGGGGGGCCCCAGGGGGCGCCCGACUCGCUUUCCCUGGCCAACAUAGUAGAGGACACUGAAGGGUACAGCCCCGGGGCCCCUCAAGGGCCCGGGGGGGCUCCCCUGCGGGGGCCCCCCUGA